AUGUAGAUCCAAUAAUUAAAUUAGUUAAGGAUAACAAUCAAGCAGAAAUUAGAAUCUAUAAAUUAGGAAUUGGAUAAGAUUGCAAUUAUUACUUAAUAAAAAGAGUUGCUAAGUAGGUAAUGGGAAAUUCUAUAUAGUUAGAGAAGAUGAAGAUAUUAAUGAAAAAGUAAUUGAUUUAUUGGAAGAUUCAUUAACUUCAUAUUUAGAAGAUUUCAAAUUAGAAAUUAAUGUAUAAACCAUCUUUUUAAUAAUUCCAAAUCCAGAAUCAAUAAUUAGUUUGAAGAAAAAUCAAGAACUUUUUUUAAAUUCUAUUUUCAAAUGA